AUGGCUCCCAUUACAAUGAAACUCUCCUUGAUAUUUCUCAAUCUUUCCCAUGCCGUCUAUGGCCUUAUUCAAGCUCCCCCACUUCCCGGAUCCCAUGCCCUGGGAACCACAGUUUUCCAAGCAACAGACUCAUCAACCUCUCGUGGUCUAAUGCUUUCCCUCUUCUAUCCCACCUCAGCUCAAAAUACAUCAAACUACACAUUCGCCCCCUCCUUCCCAGUAGCCACCGCUCUCCACCUAGCAGAGACCUACUCCCUCCCUCCUACUACCCUCCAAGGCUUCAGCUCACGCUCCUACAACGCCGCCCCUAUCCUUCUUUCCAAUAGCAACACAUUCGAUUUUCCCGUCCUCCUCUUCUCACCAGGCUACGGAAAUACCCGUCUCAUCUACACAACCAUUGCCGAAAAUAUUGCUUCCCUCGGCUAUCUAGUGAUCACUGUUGAUCACCCUUUCGAUGUCGAUUUUAUCGAGUAUACAAAUGGCACCACAGCAACUUGGGACGAUGUCGAUUUUGAUAAUAAUACCCAAGCGAUUCCUUAUGUAGAUGCUAGAGUCAAGGAUUUACAAUUCGUCUUGAAUUCGCUCUCGAAUUCAUCAUUUACUGCUCAGAUUCCUGGAAUCUCGAAUUCUUCUCCUAAAUCUAUUGGAUAUGGAAAAUCUCAACAAACUUUCCAAACUAAAAAGAUCGGUGCAUUCGGUCAUUCAUUAGGUGGAGCAUCAUCCUUCUCAGCUGCGGGUGUCGAUUCUCGUUUUUCAUGUGUAAUUAACCUCGACGGUCAAUUAUUUGGGGACGUCAUCCAAACCGGGCUUAAAACCCCGUUUAUGAUUAUGGCAAAUGAAUUGCAUUAUAGAACUGAAGAGAGAGAUGCUUCAUGGUAUGAUUUCUGGGCUAAUUCUGUGAAACUUGGAGGUUGGAAGAGAGACGUGAGGGUAAAUGGUACGACGCAUGGUAGUUAUACGGAUUUGGCUGUUUGGGCGGGAGUAUUGGGGUUAGGAGGAUUUGAAGAUUUGUUGGGGACGAUUCAGGGACAGAGGAUGCUGGAGAUUGAGAGUGAGUUUAGCCAUCAAAACUUGCGAUUGAUGGUAAGGAUAUCUAUCAAUGUCAGGAAAAGUACCAAGCACUUAGCAUUGAGGUACUUCUACAAGCUUAUACUCCGUGCAAUCGCACACCAAAACCUCUCGAGUCUCGAGUCCUCAUAA